GACAAGAAAAAAGAAAGAGUGCCAAAUACUCUGAUUUCCAAUUCAGUUCAUUUCUUGUUUUCAAUCCAUAAUCCAUGGUUGCAGCAACACGAUCGGGAGACGCGGAUCCAGCUGGCAAAGCGAAAGCGCUGGGCACACCACGCAGCGCGAGUGCAAUCAAGAACUGGACGACCUUCUUCAACGAGCGCGCGCCGCUGCCAGUCUACGUGCUCUUGGCGCUGGGGCCCUGCUUGUCGGGGUUUGCGCUGGCGGACAGCAGCCUCCCGCUGCCCGUCACGAGCGGCCAAUUCUCGUACUGGCAAACCCUGGCGAUCGUCGUUGCUGGACAGCUGCUCUACCUCAUCACGCUGCGUUGCAUGGACGACGUCAAGGAUUACGACAAGGACGUCAAGGUGCACCCAGACCGACCCUUGCCGCGCGGGCUGAUUCUCUACGACGAGCUCGUGAAUGCCAUCCGCCUCGAAAUUGCCCUCUUGUGCGUCUACGCGGUCGUGCUUUGGUUUGUCUUCUCGCCACUGGCAGGGGCGACGUUCGGGCUGCAAAUUGUCUACUUGGUCCUCAUGUACAUUGAGUUUGGCAUCGGUCACUGGCUCGACCCCCGCGUCUUUUUGUACGCCUUGACCCACCAAGCGUCCAUCUACGUCGGUGCGCUGCACAUUUCGGCCAUCACCAACCCGGAUUUGAUCUGGGAUCCGCGCACCUACUGGCUGGGGACGGUGGCGCUUUCCGGCGCCUUCACGUAUGAGGUCUGCCGCAAGCUCGACCCGACCCUGGAUCCCCUCAAGGGCACUUACCGUGUCGUUCUGGGCAAGUGGCCGACCUACGCGAUCGUUUUGUUCACCGUUUCCCUCGGAGUGGUGUCGUCGCAUGUGAUGGGACUUUCCUACAUGCUCUGGCCGAUUCAGGCGCUGCUGCUUGUCGCCCUGACCCUGCAUUUCGUUCUUCCUCAGCGCAAGAGCAAGCACAAGCUCGUCGAGAUUAUCUCCAUCUUCUACGUGCUCCUGCACAUCUGGUCGCAGUACAUUCACCGUAAAUGGUAUUAGAUUCCAGCUCUUUAGGAGUGUUUUUUGCUGUCUGUCUGUCUGUCUGUCUGUCUGUUUUUUGUUUGUUUUUUU